ACCACUCUAGCGUUAUAUUUCUUUACCUGAUAUAUUGUGUAAAAGGAGGAUAAAAUAUUUGUGAAGUGCGUAUUUAAAUAUUUUAUCCCGAUUAUAAAGACAUAUGAUUUGCAAGAAUAUGGUGUAGCCUGUCCUGUAAUAGGUGUAUGUGAUUUAAAAUGAACAUGAUAUGCAUGUGUCGCGUAAGACUUGGCAUCACAAAGAUGAGGAUACUUGCCCUACUUUGGAUUACAUGUUCAUUGAUUAAUGCAGUAUAUUCGGAUAAUACUAAAGGUGAGGACUUGGUUUUGAAUUUCAAACCAGAUGAGGUGAUGAUUAACUCAACAACAAAUUUGACUUCAUUUACAGUUUCUUGCAGUUUUUCUGGACAAACGUUUUCAGAUAUCAAUUCAUUAAAACUGACCUUUGUAAAGGAUUCAAGCUCUCUUACAAUUGAGACCAAUGAAACAGGCCAGAUACCAUUGAUUUCAAAGUCAGGUAUUUUCAAAAACGCAGAAAUAAAUGAUACUGACACUUUAAAUGCCUUUAUGAAGGGUGAACCUGUCUUGGCUACAUAUAUUGAGAAUGUGCCAUUUUCAAGUCAUAUUGGACUGUACAAUUGUGAAGUUAAAGCAAAAACUACAGCUGCCGGAAAUGCUUCCAUUUUCAUGAAGAACGUAUCAGCUCUUUUACCUGCGUUCAAUCCAACAUUUAACAUGUCGUGCAACAGUUCCAAUGAUUGCCUACUAGGUUUGGUAGACGCCUGCAAAGAUUCAAAAUGUUUAUGUGGCGAGGAGCAUUUCUAUAAUGGGAUUACAUGUGUAUCUAAACAAAAGUUUGAAGGUAAAUGUAAAAAAAGCUAUGAAUGUUCUACAUGGUUAUCGGUCUGUGAUGAUCAUGUAUGCACGUGCCGCCAAGGUUACUUCUACGACAAAGCAAAAGACAGCUGUACAAAUAUUGAGCUAUGCCCACAGGACGCCUCGUAUAUUUUCUCAAGGAAGGAUAACGUGUGUUACGGUGUUAAUAUGCAAUGUGAUAAUGGUAAUUGCUCCUGCCCACAGAAUUACACAUCUCUGACCUUUGUUGAUAAUAUGCCGAAAUAUAUGAAUGAGAGACUGUGGACAUAUGGAUUUUACUCAAGCAGUAGUGCAAAGUUAAGUGAGGACCAGGUUAUGUUACUUUUGUCUAGAACGUUCAACUAUUCUAAUGCAGAGGAAGUCAAUCCAACAUGGUAUUGGCCUAAUGGUGAAAAAAUAAUCAUUAAAGAUAUUGAUGAUACAGAAUGGAGUGCCGGUAACACCGGCUGUCUAUAUGUGCUCUAUGACUCCUGUAAUUCUGUUAUAAAAGCAUCAUCACCUUGUCCACUUAAACAUGUUUACCAAGGAUGUCUUAUCAAAUUACCAAAAGCUUAUUGCAAAGAAGAUAUUGACAACAGAAACACAACAUGGAAUUUCACAGAAGGUGGAACAGUAUUGAACAAGACUUGUCCUAAGGGAUAUGAAGGUAACGUGACGCGUGAAUGCCAAAAUAAUGGCGUGUUUAAAGCACCACUUUAUAACUGCACAUCAGUUGUGUUCAAAAACAUUUCUAAUCUGCUUAAAAAUGGAAACUUGACUGGCCCGGAGGCCUUGGGGAAUGUCAGUUCUGAAAUUAAAGACAAUGAUGGCGUUUAUAUAGGUGUCCUGAUUCAAAUCCAAAAUAUUCUUGGGGAAGUUGUUAACCGGUUUGACAAUGAGAAUAUAUCUGUACAGACGACAGAGGACUUCCUUGAAACAGCUAAUUUUCUCCUUGACGACGAAAAGAACGGGAAAGAAUGGAAAAGCCGAAUUGAUAAUGAAGGAAAAGGAGCCGAAGAUUUUCUACCACAAGUUGAAAAUUUUGCAAAACAAGUUGCAGAAUCGUUAUUGAAAAGUAACGAUGCUUCACUCAACAUUUCGCAACCAAAUAUAGUUUUUCAAUAUGCUACCGUAGACACAAACAAGACUAAGGUAGAGGACAUUGUGUUUCCAAAAGACCUCCAGGAUGAUGCUGAAUGGAAUGCAACAAAAACAUUAACAUUAUCUUUAGAUGUUGCUGCAUUUUUAGGCCAAAGUGUGACAGCUUUCACGUGCCUACUCUUUAGAAAUUUGUCUCAAUCUGUUCCAAAUACACUUCGAGACAGGUCAAAUAAUGCAACAGUUGAUAUCAAUUCCCAAGUCGUUUCGUUCCAAUUACUGCCAGAGGCACCGAAAGUACUGCAACCAGAACUAGAAAUAGUAUUCCAAGGAUUUAAGGACAUGACAUCAACAGAACAACAUUGCUCAUAUUUGUCUAAGGAUUCAGUCGGUGAAGGACUGUGGGCAACUAAAGGAUGUAGGAAGGUUUUUGGGAACAGUACAACAGUCAAAUGUAAAUGUAACCAUUUGACAAACUUCGCACUGCUUAUAAGUCCAUACAAACCACCAGAGAAAGAUGCAUCAAUCCUCGGUAUUAUAACCAUUGUGGGCUGCUCUGUGUCUGGAUUUUUCAUUUUCAUAACUCUGGUCGCUCAUAUUCGCUAUUGGAGGUUAAUGAAAAGUGACAAAACAACAUUAAUUACAAUCCUGUGUAUAAUGUUUCUCAUAUGUUACGUCUUUUUUCUUGCGGGGGUCACACAAACCUCAAAUAAGACGAUAUGCACGGGUAUUGCUGUAGUCCUGCAUUACGUUUUCUUAGUUUUGUUUUUCCUUAUGCUUGCGGAGGGGAUGACCGUUUUCAUCACAGUCACCUUUCCAUUUCAUAAAAAAUCCCAUAUCAAAGAACUUCUUAUAAGUGCUUUCGUGUUACCACUGAUACUCGCAGUAACAACUGCAGCUGCUUCUAAGUUUGAUGGAUAUGGAAAUGAAAACAAUUGCUGGCUAACACCGGACUCCUGGCUUUUCUGGAUGUUUGCUGGACCAGCUGCUUUCAUUAUAUUGGCAAAUAUCAUAACGAUUGUAUUGUUCUUUCGUAGACUGUUCGGAACCAAAGCGUCUCAUCUAAAAUCUUUAAAGGAAAAGGCCAAAAUGACGUCUGUAGCCAUAGGCGUUUUAACACCUGUUAUGGGGUUAACCUGGGUAUUUGGAUUUUUAUCUGUUAAUGAAGAAACUUUAUGGCUGCAAUAUGUGUUCUGUCUGUUUAACAGCUCACAGGGCGUUCUCAUUUUUCUGUUUCAUUGUGUUGGAAAUAAACAGUUACGGCAAGCUAUGAAGGCAAGUAAAGAACGAAAACGAACAGUUGAAGAGUUUAACUCCGAGCUAAAGGGUAAGAUGAAGAAGAAAUUUGCCAAUCAUCCACAAACAACAACAACGACGACAACAGAAAGUAAUUUAUCCAAUACAGAAGAUAAUACGGAGAGCAAUGUUGAUCACAGUACCACGGAAAUUCAUAAUGGGUCUGAAGACAAAUUGGCAGCUCCCGGGGUAAACAAUUACUACAGUGUGCAGAAAAGUGUGCAGUCUGAACUGAAGGAAAAAUUAUCUGAAAUGUUCACAGAUCAGAAUGAUAAUAAGAGCAAAUCCAGCGAAAUUGCGACCGAUAAUUUAACAGGCAGUACUGCUAGACUAAGUGAAGACUUUACCGGCCUGAAAACAGACAACAGUGAUUUAACAACAACUUGCCUUAAUCCAGAAAAUGCGACAGAGAAAAUAGACUCUAAAGCUAUCGAAAAGUGCGACACGAACUUAAUACCUGAAACAAAACUACCGGUAUCACAAUCAUCAAGCGAUGAGGGCCAAUGUCUGUUUGACACACCAUUCGUUGAUGCCAUUAAUUCCGUAACUAAUCAAGAUACUGUGUCAAGAAGUGUCAGCAAAUCUUCACUAGAAGAAGGACGUAAUGUUCUUGUCAAGGAUGAACCGUUAAUUCAAACACUUGAUGAUGUUAGAUCAAAACAAGAAGGUGAAAGCAUAAACACAGAUGAUGGACAAUCGGACGAAAUGAGCGUGUCUAAUACAAACGAAACUGGUGUACCGGGUGAAAAUACCACUAAGACGUGUCCCGAUAAUAACUUGACAAGUAACAUCGGUACAGUGUCCCGAAGUUUGACAGAUAAUGAUUAUGAGGUUAUUGAUGGAGAUGGUGAUUGUGAUGAUGAUAUGUUUGCAGAUAAAAAGUCAGAAACCACCACUGAUUAUGAAGAAGUAACUGAGUGUUCAACGUCAUCCGAUAUGCUGCACAAUGAAAAUAAGGAUCCAAAAGGCUGUAGAAAAGAAUUCCUUGAAAUCCUUGCAUUUGACGAGUAGUUAUAAAAGUUUAUUAGAAACGAUAUUUAUAGUAAUGGAUAAAUGUCCAUAAGUAAACGUGAUGGAAAGAGAAAUUCAGUAUAUUUACUGAUCACACAACGUUUCUGAUAAAAUUAUUCCUUUUCUAUUUUUAUUUCUUUAUUGUUACUCGUAUUAUUAUUUUUAUUAUUUUCUUUUAUUUUUUAUAUAUUAUUUUUGUAAUAAACAGAUUCGUUUAUCUAAAGUAUUAUAGCAUAACACUAUUAAAGCAAAUUCAUGCAUAAACAGAAACUUGGUUUAACAUUAAAGCAAAUUAUAACAAGGAUACUGAUUAUGUAUGUGAAAACUACAUUAGUCAUUUCAUUUGUGCUGAAGGUUAUGAGUAAAAUGUUACUCAUCUUAUAAAUGCACUAACCUCAUGCAUAAGGUACUAUUUAAUUGGACAUACCAACUGAAAACUAAUCCAAAGCUGUUUUAAUCUUCCUUAAACUAUAAACAUACCUUCAGUCCUUUGAAAUCUUUUUGCGUGUGAAGGAGAACACAUACCGGUAAAUGAUACUUGUUAGUAUUCAACUUUAAUCAAGUACAUUUGAAGUGAUGAAAGUAUACGAAUGUGCGUUUACAUUAUAAAAACUAUUUUGACUGCACAUAAUUAUAUUCUUAUAUAUUAAUUAUGCUUAUGAUAUAUAUGUAUAAUAAAAACUAACAUGUGGA